CUGACCUGCGUCUGUGUUGCCUGAAAUGCGUUUGCUUCGCUUCGUGCCCUGAACAUGUGAAUCAGAAUAGGCACAAACAGACCUGAGAAAGGCAUCUGCCCUGUCGAGCCUUCUCUUCUGGGACAUUUCCUUGUUUCAUGCCUCAUACCCUAACGCGUCAUCCAUCAUCCAUCAUUCACCUUCUCUACCACUACAAGUACUUCGACUCAUCUCUCUUUACCAAGACGUGAUACUUCUCACUGCACAUUCUUCACCUCUACUCAUCACCCAACAGCUUACUUGAACACAACUGCCCGCCAUGGCUUCUCUCGUCCGUGUUCCCAUCCAACGCAACCCUAACUACAAACGCAACGGUCUCAAAUCCUACGUCUACCUGCUCAACAAGUACAGCAUCAAGCCAACCCUCCGAGGUCCUUACUCCGCAGGUGCCAACAAACUCAUCAAGCAGAACGCGGACGGAACAUUGGGUGAAGUCACGGCCACUGACCAACAAAAUGACUCCCUUUACACUUGUCCAGUCGCCAUUGGUACACCGGCUCAAACAUUGAACUUGGACUUCGACUCGGGAUCUUCCGAUCUCUGGUGCUGGUCGACCGAGUUGUCAAAGAGCACUCAGUCUGCCGGCAAGGGCCACACUAUCUUCGACCCUUCCAAAUCAUCAACGUUCAAGACCAGCUCAGGAUCCACCUGGCAGAUUCAGUACGGUGAUUCAUCGUCUGCCUCUGGCACAGUCGGAACCGACAACAUCGAGAUCGGUAACAUCACAGUCAAGAACCAAGCCAUUGAGCUGGCGAACAAACUGUCGUCUCAAUUCACUCAAGAUGCUUCCUCUGAUGGCCUUUUGGGUCUUGCUUUUGGCUCCAUCAACACCGUCAAGCCUACCGCUGUCAAAACACCGGUCGAGAAUAUGAUUGCCCAGGACGACAUCCCUUCGAGUGCUGAAUUGUUCACGGUCUAUCUUGGUUCCAUCAAAGAUGCAAAUGAAGAGUCGUUCUACACUUUCGGCCAGAUUGAUGAGUCAAUCAUCCCAUCCGGUUCCAGCAUUGCCUACACACCUGUCGACAACUCCCAGGGUUUCUGGACGUUCAGUUCCACCUCCGCCUCAGUCAAUGGCAAAACCAUUCAGCUGUCAGGAAACACAGCGAUUGCUGACACCGGUACCACGCUGUUGCUCACAUCCGACUCGGUUUGUGAAGCCAUCUACGGUGCCAUUCCUGGUGCCAAGCAAGACACCACUCAGCAAGGCUGGGUGUUCCCUGCGGACACUGCUGAAAGUGACCUGCCGACUGUCACAUUCAUGGUUGGCGACACUCCGAUCACCAUUGAAAAGGAACACUUCGCCUUUGCUGGUGGCGCUGAUGGCAGUAUGGUGUACGGCGGUAUCCAGUCUCGCGGUGACCAGGACUUCGACAUCUUCGGAGAUACCUUCCUGCAGAAUGUCUAUGCUGUCUUCGAUGUCGGUAACACGAGAUUCGGUGUCGUACAACGUGCUGCGCCAACCUCUACUACCAGCACUACUUAGGCCAGGGCGAAAUUGUGAGGAGAAGUUACCAUCACUAUCAAACACUUGAGGUGCUUAGGGCGUUAGCUGCGGAGUGAUCACACCUAAGCCAAUGAGAACAUGACAUGUACACCGUGAAGGCUUGUACCCCAAAUUAGCAUGAAUGAAAGCAACAUUCCUACCUUGACACCCCUGGGAAAUUCCUUGUGCAGCUCUUGUGUGACAGGUCAAUUAGGUGAAGCUGACACGAGGAUUGCGAGGUAAGUGGAAU